AUGACAAUCACGGCAGAUUCGCUUUUCGACGAGGUGGGAGCGAGCUAUGAAGCUGCCUUUGCAGACAAUGGCCCCCUUUGUGCAUUCAUUCAUCAGGCCAGCAAGAAGCUACCCCCAAACAGUCGGGUUCUGGAUGUGGGAUGCGGCACCGGCAAGCCCGUCGCGGAGAUCCUGGUAACUGCAGGUCAUGAGGUGCACGGGAUUGACAUCUCCCCAGGGAUGGUGAAGACAGCUGCGUCACAAGUCCGAGGUCAGUUUGAAGUGGCGAAUAUGAACACAUUUCAGCCUUGCCAAUUGUAUGAUGGGGUAUUUGCGAUCCUGUCGCUGUUCCAGCUCACUCCCGGAGAACUGUACUCCAUGAUCUUCAGAUUCGCCGAGUGGCUCAACGUGGGUGGGCACUUGGCCCUCGCCGUGACGCCCAGCACCGGGCUGUUGCCGGAAAAAUGCACCUACGAUCCCACAUGGGAUUGUGUGUGGAUGAUCGGAAAGUACUGGAUGGGCAAUCACACUAACGAGGUGUUCCGUUCGGAGGAUGCAUGGGCUCGCCUGCUGCAAGCGGCCGGGUUGGUGCUCGAGAUUAAGCCUGUCGAUCAUCUUUUCUGCCCGGCGGGUCACGAGAAUUAUACGAGCCCUGAGGUGCAGCUAUUUCUGCUCGCAAGGAAGGUGGAGCCGCAGGCUUUGCUGGGCCCGUAUCCAAUUCCAAUUGUCGAAACGCCUACAGACUGUGUCGACAAUCUGAAUAUCCUCACAGAUCGCUUCGUGAGCAAGGAACUCAAGAGUCUGUCCAAUAAGAUGGCAGUCAAUGGGAGGAAGGUGCUUGUUCUCGGGCAAGGAGACAAUUGGAGUCAGUAUGUAGGCCGUGGAGAAUUGCAGUUCCUGCCUAAGACCACCGAUAACCUCCCAUUUGCAUCCGACGCUUUCGAUGUCAUCUUUGCGCCCUGGACGCUCGAUAAACUUCCAAGCCUCAAUAGGGCCAUCAAGGAGAUGGUUCGGGUGGCACGUCGGAAGGGCUCACAGCUUGUCAUCCUUCAAGGAGCCCCAGGGAAUGAGGCAGUGAUGCACCUGAACGCGGCCGCACGCUCACCACAAAUCCGCCACCAAGGCCAGAUCCUGCAAGAAGCGGCGCAUGAGCUGACGGAACAGGGAUUUGGCUUAAUUUCUCUGGAGCGUGUUCGCGCACAUUACGAGUUCCCCGAAGAGGACUUGCCCACCCGAUGCUCGGUGGCUGCAGAAUGCUUGGCUGGGAUGACACAUCGACAGCAUCCGAAUUACAAGGUCAUCAAGCACGUCCUGACUGCGCGAAUGAAGCUUCAUUUCCAAGGUAGCGCACAUGCAGUGGGGAUGGACAUGGUUGCGCUGGUUGCGAGGUCGAGCGAUGCGGAGAAUUGUCGCUCGAAUUGAAGAACAGUAUAUCGGAUGGAAAGUAGGCUGAAUAUAUACUCAUGGUUCCGAGAGAUCUUAUCGUAUCUUAAGUUAACCCAAUGUUCAAAAUA